UAUCAUAAUAAUACUAAAUACCUACACUACAACUGGUAUUGGUAUUCAUCAGGAGAAGUCAAUACCAAAAAAGAAUGUGAAGAAUGGCAGUUGCCGCUGUUCCAUCUACUGCUGAAAUGUUUGGAUGAGUGUUUCCUUGCUUGACUUGCUCCUCCCUUAUCUGUUAAGCAGAGUCUCGUAAACGUUUUUUUUACUGAAAACCUUUGCUGUCCUUUCGGUUUAUGACGUCUAAAGCUACAUAAUCUGUUGCUUGAAGCCAAAAACUUGUUUCCAUUCUCCCUUUCUAACUCAAACCAACACCUUAAAACUGCUUAAAUCUCCAACACCCACACCUACACUCUAAACUAAACUGCCAAGUAUGGGUGCUGUUGAGUUGAUCGGCGUGGUGCUAUUUUUGGGGGUUUUAUGUGCUGAAUCGAAAUACAUGGUUUAUAACACUUCAGCUGGAAUAGAUGCUGGGAAAAUCAAUGUUCAUUUGGUUCCUCACACCCAUGAUGAUGUUGGUUGGUUAAAAACCGUUGAUCAGUAUUAUGUUGGCUCUAACAAUUCCAUCCAGGGAGCUUGUGUGCAGAAUGUGUUGGAUUCUUUGGUGCCGGCACUGUUAGCUGACAAAAAUCGCAAGUUCAUUUAUGUUGAGCAGGCAUUUUUUCAGCGAUGGUGGAAUGAUCAGAGUGAGCUAACUCAGAGUAUAGUCAAGAAACUUGUCAACUCGGGUCAACUGGAGUUCAUAAACGGAGGCAUGUGCAUGCAUGAUGAGGCAGUACCACAUUACAUAGACAUGAUUGAUCAAACAACUCUUGGACAUCGAUUCCUAAAAGAGGAGUUUGGUGUCACUCCAAGAAUUGGAUGGCAAAUUGAUCCUUUUGGACAUUCUGCAGUACAGGCUUACUUAUUGGGUGCGGAGGUGGGAUUCGACUCAUUUUUCUUUGGCCGCAUAGACUACCAAGACAGGAUUAAGCGAAAAAAAGAGAAGAGUCUCGAAGUUAUUUGGCGCGGUUCUAAGAGCCUGGGCUCAUCUGCUCAGAUUUUUGCAGGAGCAUUCCCAGAAAAUUAUGAACCUCCACCAGGUUUCUACUUUGAAGUUAAUGCUGAUUCCCCUGUUGUUCAAGAUAAUGUCAAUUUGUUUGAUUACAAUGUCCAAGACAGAGUGAAUGACUUUGUUGCCGCUGCAAUAGCACAGGCAAACAUAACUAGAACAAAUCACAUAAUGUGGACCAUGGGAACAGAUUUUAGGUAUCAGUAUGCACACACUUGGUACCGGAACAUGGACAAGCUUAUUCAUUAUGUGAAUAAGGAUGGACGUGUCAAUGCUCUCUACUCUACUCCAUCCAUAUAUACUGAUGCUAAAUAUGCUACAAGUAAAUCUUGGCCUCUCAAAAUUGAGGACUACUUUCCAUACGCAGAUCGUGCAAAUGCUUACUGGACAGGAUACUUUACAAGUAGACCAGCUUUAAAAUUCUAUGUUAGAAAAAUGAGUGGCUACUAUCUGGCAGCAAGGCAACUUGAAUUUUUCAAAGGGAGGAAUGAUUCAGGGCCAAAUACGGACUCACUGGCAGAUGCUAUGGCUAUUGCUCAACAUCAUGAUGCUGUUACAGGCACUGAGAAGCAGCAUGUGGCCAAUGAUUAUGCAAAAAGGCUAUCAAUAGGCUACACAGAGGCUGAGAAGGUUGUUGCAUCUUCACUUGCUUGCUUAACUGAUUCGAAGUCAUCCUUUGGAUGUGGUGACCCAACCACCAAUUUCCAGCAGUGUCCACUUCUGAAUAUAACUUACUGUCCUGCAUCAGAAGCUGACCUGUCUCAUGGAAAGAACUUGAUUGUUGUGGUCUACAAUUCUUUGGGAUGGAAAAGAGAGGAUGUCAUACGUUUUCCUGUUGUUAAUGAAGAUGUUACUGUUCAUGAUUCUGAGGGAAGAAAAAUUGAAUCACAGCUUGUUCCAAUAGUUGAUGCCUAUGUGGACCUAAGGAAGUAUUAUGCUAGGGCAUAUUUAGGUAGCAGCCCAGGUGAUGUACCUAAGUAUUGGAUUGCAUUUACGGUAUCUGUUCCACCUCUUGGCUUCAGCACUUACACCAUCUCUGCCUCUAAAAAGCCAGGAGCUGGAUCAACCAAAUCGUCUAUAUACAAAUUUCAGGAGGGUGAGAAACCAGCUAUUGAAGUUGGUGAAGGAAAUUUAAAGCUUACUCUUUCAGCUCCUUCAGGGAAGAUCAUAAAUUAUGUCAACAACAGAAACUUGGUUGAGGAAUCAGUGGAACAAUCAUUUAGCUAUUACACUGGAUAUAAUGGAGUUAACGACAAAGCACCCCAGAACUCUGGGGCAUAUGUCUUCCGUCCAAAUGGCACAUACCACAUAAAAGCUGAACAGGCCUCAUUGACUGUUAUUCAAGGACCAUUGAUAAAUGAGGUGCAUCAGCAGAUCAAUCCGUGGAUAUUUCAGACUACUAGACUUUACAAAGAGAAGGAGCAUGUUGAAGUUGAGUUCAUUGUUGGGCCUGUGCCAAUUGAUGAUGAAUUUGGAAAAGAAGUAGCAACUCAGAUAACUACUUCUCUGGAAAACAGCAAAACAUUCUACACUGAUUCUAAUGGACGUGAUUUUAUUAAACGGAUUCGUGAUUUUAGGACAGACUGGGACCUGGAAGUAAACCAACCAGUCGCUGGAAAUUAUUACCCAAUUAAUUUAGGAAUUUACAUUCGUGAUAGUAAGAAAGAAUUCUCGGUCCUGGUAGAUCGAUCUCUAGGAGGAUCUAGCAUAGUGGAUGGACAAAUAGAGUUGAUGCUCCACAGGAGGCUGCUCCUUGAUGACUCUAGAGGUGUUGAUGAGGCUCUAAAUGAAACAGUCUGCGUUCUUGAUGAUUGCAGAGGACUAGCUGUCCAAGGAAAAUAUUAUUACAGAAUUGACCCACUUGGAGAGGGUGCUAAGUGGCGUCGUUCUUUUGGCCAAGAGAUAUACUCACCCCUCCUCUUAGCAUUUGCAGAAGAGGAUGGAGAGAACUGGAUGAGUUCUCACACACCCACAUUUUCUGCAAUUGAUGCCUCCUAUAGUUUACCUGAUAAUGUUGCACUUAUAACUCUUCAGGAGCUUGAUGAUGGAAAAGUCCUCCUUAGGUUGGCACAUUUAUACGAGGUUGGAGAGGACAGUGAUCUUUCUGUAAUGAGUAAAGUGGAACUGAAGAAGCUGUUUCCAGGCAAGAAGAUAGCGAAGGUGAGAGAGUUGAGCUUAUCUGCAAAUCAAGAAAGAGAAGAAAUGGAGAAGAGGAGGCUUGUUUGGAAAGUAGAAGGAGAAAGUGAAAAUCAAAAUGAAAAUCCCAAGGUGGUGAGAGGUGCACCAGUUGAUCCAAAAAAAUUGGAGGUGGAGCUUGCUCCGAUGGAAAUCCGUACCUUUGUCAUGGAAUUUGAAGUUGACCUGAUGUCUACUACUUUCAAGAGAAUAGUUGAUGCAUAAGUGGCUGCCUGCAGUUUGUUUUUACAAUUGAGAGAUGUAAUUUUGUAUAGUGUGGAAUUUGCAAACUGUUGUGGGCACCAUGAGCUGAGCAGGUGUGUAUGGACUAAGCAUGUGAGUCUAAUAAAGGGUAUAAAGUUUGUCUGCAAA